GCGGUUUCCUCGCUCCCUUUCGACGGUUGUUUCCAUUCUCUUCGCGCUUCUUGUUGGAGGGCUUCCGAGAAAGGAAUAGCCUCGGGUUGGCCUACCCAAGAAGCGCCGUCGCGCCCGCCUGAAAGAGGCCUAAACGCCAUCGGUGUUCAGACGCACUCCAUUUGCCCUGUCUAGACCGGGCAGAAUUGGGUCUGAAUGAUCACCACCAGAAUGAAGUGAUCAACUACAUGCGAUUUGCACGUUCAAAACGUGGCCUGCGCCUCAAGACAGUGGAUUCCUGCUUUCAAGAUCUUAAGGAUAGCAGGCUGGUGGAAGACACAUACACUAUUGAUGAAGUGACAGAAAUACUGGAUGGUUUACAGACUGUGGUCCACAGUGAGGUGGAAUCAGAGCUUAUUAACACAACGUACACUAAUGUGUUGCUGUUGCGUCAGAUUUUUUCCCAAGCAGAGAAGUGGUAUCUUAAACUGCAGACUGACAUUUCAGAGCUGGAAAAUAGGGACUUAUUAGAGCAAGUUGCAGAGUUUGAAAAAUCAGAAUUUACAUCAUCAAAUAAAAAGCCUAAUCCAGAGAUGGUUAAGCCUAAACUUACUCCCUUACAUGAUGGAGCGUCAGAAUUGCUAAACAAGGAAAUUGCAAGACUCCAAGAAGAAAAUGAAAAAUUGAAGACUAGAUUAAAGACAGUAGAAGUGCAGGCUACCAAUGCACUGGAUGAAAAAUCAAAGUUAGAGAAGACUCUGCGAGAUCUACAGAUUGCUCAAGGAGAUCAGAAGUUUAAUAAAACUCAGGAUAUUAGUGAACUAGAAAAUAGUAUGGCUGAUCUGAAGUGCCAGUUGGAAAAGACUUUGCAGGACAGUACCUCAAGCCAAAAAUCCCUGGAAGAGAAUCUGGUGUCAACAAAGCAUGAACUUCUUAAGGUGCAGGACCAGUUGGCUAUGGCUGAAAAGGAAUUGGACAAAAAGUUCCAACAAACUGCUGCCUACCGCAAUCUGAAAGAGAUUCUGUCCAAGAAAAAUGAACAGAUAAAGGAGCUAAGAAAGAAGCUCUCACAAUAUGAGCCGGAUGAUUAAGAGCCUCUGAAGAGCAUUCGCUAUAUCCAAAUACUGCAGCAAUGAAAUAGCAGAGGGUUUUGAAAAUAUUUUUCAAUAUGUUGCAAUGUAGUUUGUUUUCUCUGUUCUCUUUUUGAAAUAUGUUUUGUGCUAAGAGGCUGAGAGUUGAGAACAACGAAAAGAGCAUAGUCUUGUUUAUGUGUUUUAUGCCUUUUUGAAUAGUUAUUUUGUGCAUUUCCUGGAAAGCUAUAAUAUACAGGUAUUAGCAAGUUCUUUGUCAAGAUUUUGUUUUCUUAUUUUAAACAAAACAAUCCAUGGCUAAAUUCUAGUGCUUUACAUACUUGUAAGAUGCAGGCCAAAGGAAUCUAUUCCCUGCAAUUCACCUGCUUCCCAAAUGUGGCUUUCUCUUACAGUUGUCUAGCAGCGGAGUGGAGAGGAGCCCAAGCUGAUUCUAUGCACUCACUUGCUAAUGUUUAUUUUUAAAAUAAUUUAGCUCAGUAAAUUUUGGUAGAUUUUUUUACACCUGAUGGAAAGGUAGGUAGGUGUGUUGAAAGAAUAACAUAUAGUUGCCCUGUAUGGAUUCACCAAUAAAAAGUACAUUUAUGUUUAAUACA